AGUCGAGCUCGAGACUUCAGUCAUAUCAAGACAAAACUCAAAAUGAAAUACUUUGCUGUUGUUGUGCUGCUCUGCUGCCUCUUGGGAGCUGCCUUGGCCCAACUGAAGAACCCUGUCUGUGGCGAGGAGCAAAGUAGAAAAGGACAUUGCCGUGGUCUUAUACCAAAGUGGACCUACAGCCAGGAGAAGAACGAGUGCAUCGUAUUCAACUUCUCUGGCUGCAAAGGAAAUAACAACAACUUUAAUAGCAAGGAGGAAUGCGAACAGACUUGCAAGAAUUAGAAACAUUCCCCAGAUCCUUUAUAUAUAUUAACUGUUCUUGUAAUUGGUUAAGUUGUUGAGUUGUUAUCCAAUAAAUAUGUAACACAAACUCCCCAGUCUACCCUCGCAUCUGUGCCACUGCACCCACUUCCACACUCAACUGCUUUGCAUUUCGCCUGCACGCGCAGCCCAUUCAGAGGCAAAAAAAAAAAAAAUUAAACACCACAACACACAGGGCAAACGAAAACAACAAACAGAGUUUUA